UUGUCGCUGAAAUCUUUAGUUCUGCACGUGAGCGCCAACAUCCAGGAGUCCGUUUCUUUGAGCAGCGGCACUGCAGCUCAUCGAUUUGCCCGGAGUGCGGGGGCGGGAUCGCAGAAAUUCCGUAUGAAUGAAACCCGGACCGGUGACGUCAAUGGGGGGCGCUUGACGCAUGAGUCACGCGGAACGGGUGGGCGGGUAUAAAGAGGCCCUGACGCUGUCCGCGGUGCUGAAAACAAGACACGGCAGGAGGAGAGAGACGCAAGGAAUCCCGACCGGCUCUUGUCAUCCAAGCAAGUCGAACAGAAAUAAAAUCCCAAUUCCGGAUAGACGAACAAGAAAGAAAAAGGGAAAACAAAGGGAACGCACACAAAACGAAAGAACACACGCGCACACACGGGCAUUAAGAAAGUGUGCCGUGAAGCGUGACAACAAGACUGUGACGUCCUAAGGAGAGGAGGCUGGAAUUCCCCCCACAGUGCUCCCACCUCGAGAAUUUCUCCCAUCUACGAUGGCUUACCGCGUCACCCCAAGUGGCCUUCUCCUCCUGCUUCUCCUAACGUGGGCCUCCUCCGCUGAUCAAACGGCGGCCCCUGACACACAGCGCGCCAUCCCUACCGAGAUGGCGCUCUCGAGAGAUGCGCAGAGCAGGGAUGAGGAUGGCAUCCCCGGGAAAGCGGCGAAGGCGGACCUCUUCGACGACGUGGAUCCCAAAACGCUCGCCGCGCUCUUGCUGGGGGCGCUCAACGGCACACGGGCGGAGAGCAGGAGAGAGGAAGACCACGUGGCUGGAGACGAACCCGAGGGAAAGGAGCGGGACAGAGAUGGGCGACUGAAGCUGGAGUUGCUCAUGGCGGCCCAGGGGAGGGAAGAGAAGAAGAAAGCCGAAGAAGAGGAGGAGAGACUGACCGAGAGGGUGAGGAGUCGUACCACGAGCCAGACGGUGCCGGUCCAGACGCAACCGCCGCCCGAGCAAGGCGUCGAGGAGGAGCAGCUCAACCCGGAGGAGCUUAAGAAUCUAGAGACCAUGAUGAAGGAAUUCCCUCGCUUGGAUACGGCCGUAAAGAGGGCGGGGCAUUCGGAGCCCAACCGGAGGGAGAGUCGGGGCUACGCCAGCUACAAUGAAAUCAUCCCAUUCAACAAAGUCAACAACGUGGCGCUGUCCAAGAAGAAAAUGAAAUGGCAAGAGGAGACGCAGAAGGCCUUGAACGUUCCGUCGUUCAGAGGAAACUUCAUGGAUGACUUCAAAGACCGCGGCGAUACCGACACGCCUCGGCCCCAAGAGGAGGCGGCGGCGGAGGAGGAGGAGGAGUCGGAGGAGGAGGACUUGUUGAGUCCCGAAGAAGAGGAGGCCCGGGCCAAAGCGGAGCAAGAGGAGAUGAGGAGGCAGGCCGCCGAAGUGCAACGAGCCAAGCUGGAGGAGGAGAAGCUGGCUGACAUCGCCUCGGAUAUGCUGCUUCGCUACAUGGUCAAGCAGAACGGCGGCGGCAGGAAGUACCCGUCCCCCAACGCAGCUGAAGACAAGAGGUCGGAGGAAGAAGACCGGGAACAAGACGACAUCGACCCCCAGACCAUCGACAAGCUGAUCGAGAUCUCCAGCAAGCUGCACCUGCCCGCCGACGACGUGGUGGACAUCAUCAGCGAUGUGGAAAAGAAGAAGAAGAAGGAUGUCGCCCCACAAAUCUCCUCCACGGGCUCCUUUCCCGAAUCCAAGGACGACCCCAUCAGUUAUCCAAUCCCCAAGCAACCAGCGUUCCCUCUCCUUAAAAACUGGUUUCAGGAGUCCAAGGAAUUCCGGAGCAAUCCCGUAUCCAAACCGUACAUGCUGCCCAAAGCUCUGAAACCCGUGAACCAGAGCCCCUGGGCUUGGACGCGCUAUCCCAACACGCAAGCCGCCUUCUACCCGGUCUACUUCCCCCCUCCCCGGCCCACGUACCGAUACUACGUACCCAAACACCCCCUGGCCUUCAACACCUUCCUCCAGCGGUCCGGAGACGGCUCCUACGCCUUCCAGCCCAAAAAUCGCUACCUCAACUGGGUGCAGCCCCGCUUGAGGAAGCCCCCCACCGCCGCGCUCCGGCGCAAGCCCUACUACCCCCGAUACCGCCUCCCUUUGUACACCCAGAGGCCGUUGCCCGUUCCCAGAGGCCCUCUGCCACAGCGGCAGUUCUACCGGUCGCCCCCGAAGGGGUACUUAUCCAACACUAAGGGCCACCUGGAGAAAUACAUCCAGCAGCUACUCACGAAGAGGCCGCAAGUGCAGAACUGAAAGCGGGCCAACUAGCCGGGAAAGGUGCGCACAAGAGGAUCCGGUGGCGAGGAGAGUGUUUCUAUUUUGACGUCCUUUGCCUCAUUUGAUCCGUUGUGACUCAAGACGUUCCAGGAGGGCUUUAAACGUACCACUUUUCAACUCCAAGAUUCCAAAACAUGAGGAUACAUCAUGCCGAGUAAACGGGAUGAAGGGCAAAAAAAAAAAAACAGGCAAAUAUACCACAUGGCCAAAAGGACGUAGAACUGAAGGGUUUCUGGUUUGGUAUUAUUUGUGCAUGUUCAAUUUCACAUACGAUGUAUCCAAUCCGCCUUUCCGAAGAGCAAAACAAAUGUGAACAAGACGUACAGUAUUUGAUGGCGGGGGCAGUGAGGCAGCUCAAUAAUGGCUCCUGUGACUCAUCCCUUUGCACAACUUCAAUUACCUUGUUGCUAUAGCGCCAAAGUGUACAUGCCAGUCCUUUUCUUUUAGGGGCCAAGAUCUGCUGGGAAUCAGACUGCAUAAAAAAACAA